AUUGAAAAGUUCCAAUUAUAAAACUCGAAUGCAAUUUAUUUUGGAAAUAAUUUUGUGUUAGGUCAUGACUAAGACUAAGAGUGAGAAUCAUGACAUUGUAAUUUGUAAGGAAUGAAACACUAAAUUUGUCAUCAAAAUAAGGUCAAUGUCGAUGAAACCUGAUGUUAAAGAUUAAAUAUCUCCGUCAAACGUUUAGCUCCGAAUUUCCAUUUAUCUACAUUUAAUUUAACAUGGAAACAGUCAUACCAUCAACAUUUAGUGGUACAUACCAAUUUUCAAGUCCACCCAGACCCAUUUACAAGCCCCUUUACUCCCCUAAAAAACCUUAUAAGGAAAAACAAGAUGAAAAUGAAGAUGGGAAAAUUCAAUAUGGAAAUCUAAUGUUUGAUAGACGAGUGGUUCGUGGAAAUACCUAUGCACUUCAAAGACUGGCAAAGGCCAGUGAAGAUAGUAAACUGGACAUGAAAAAGAAAAAACAAUCUGCUAGAGGCCAAAGAGUGAGAAGAGAAAAUGAAACAGAGACUCCUCCACCUGUAGAAGGACGUGAACAUACUCCUGUUCAAACAGAACUCUAUCUUGAAGAACUGAGCUACCAUGUUGAAGAAAAAAACAUUGAGUGCCAAACUGACUCAUUGUUAGACAGGCCUGCAUCCCCUCUCUUUGUUCCUGCCAAGUCUGGUGUAGAUGUGGAAACCCAGAUAUAUGAAGGAGAGUUAUUUGAUUUUGAUAUGGAAGUACAACCUUUGCUGGAAGUACUUGUGGGCCAGACAGUUGAACAAGCACUUUUAGAGGUAUUGGAGGAAGAAGAAUUGGCUGAACUUCAAAAUCAACAACGAAAGUAUGAAGAAAAUCGUUAUGCUGAGCUGGCUGAACAGCAACGACUUGAAGAACAAGACAGAAGAAGAUCAGAAGAAAGGGAACAUCGUAUACAAGAACAGAAAGCAGCUGUAAAACUGGAACAAGAAACAACUGAAAAAGCUACAGCCUGCCUGUAUACACAAAAUUACCUGAUAAAUCUGGUUCCAUCUGUCUAUGCAAAGUUGGAAGACCAUGGAUAUUUUGUUGAUUCAGCUGAAAUUGAGGUAGAAGACACCUUUUUACCAUGGUUGAUGGAUGAAAUGGAGAAAGAACUAGCUAGUGUAAAAGCAACUUAUGCAUUACUUGAUGACCUGAUUGAGGAGGUUGUUUAUUCUAAACAAGAAGAAUAUUCAUCUCUACAGAACCAAAUGCUGGCUGAUCAACAUACAUCCCCUACCACUCAUGAAGAACAACGUCCUGUUUCAGUAUCCAAUACAGAUCAUGAAAUUUCAGUUAGAGAGCAAACAGCCAGGUUAUCAACAGAAGAAGAUCCAGAAUAUGACAAUGAGAGAGAAGAUAAUGAGGAAACUACACAAUAGUUUCAAGUUUUAACAUCAAACAUUUCAAAGCUACAAAACUAACUCAAAAAAAGGAUAUAGUGGAUAAUUUUUGUAAGCUGUCAUUUGUGACUAUUCAUCUAAUUUUAUAUGUUAAAUGAAAUGAAAAAUUGAUGUGUGGAAUGCCAGUAAGUGUAUGUCUUUGUAAUAAAUAUGAGUUAUCUUGAAA